AGUUUUCUAUUUGGAAGGCAGCGCACCGUCCCGAGGUAACCAGAAUCCAACGGCACCGAGGUGCGAUCAACCCGAGCUUGGAUGAAACGUUAAGGGGAAGAACGCAAACCGGCAGUGGCAGCUAUAGAGAAGCACUGACACUAUUUGGAAUCGGGAGAGAGCGAGGUAGCGAGAUCGCAGUCAACGGGGUCGCGUUGGAUAAGCUUAUUCUGUCAGUUGAACAGAUGUUGGGUUAUUUGAGUAGCACGCAGACUGGCCAUGUGAAUAGUAGCCUAUUGCAAAAUUAACCUGGACAGACAACAGAAAGAAGGCGUUGCAGUGGUGUUCGUGUGUUUAUACACACCGAUAAUAGACAAGUUCUCAACAUCCGAACAUCUGGAUUUAUGAAGCGAAUACACCUGUCCUGUGUAGGAGCGUGAACGUCUUUUACAUGAAAACCGUUCAGGUGAAAUGGUGAAGGAUCUCAGGAUACAUUUGGAAUCAUCUUUGGACACCCUUGAAAAGGAAACGCUUUUACUCAUUUAUAUAUUCCAUUGAUUUAUAUCUAUAAUUCUGACCCAAUUGUCUAAAACAGGACUAAAUUUAACAAAUAGAAUAGGCUAUAAAUGGUAUCAUUAUUAUUAGUAGGACUGGACUCUGCAAGACAAGGAAUUUACUCAAUCGACUGUCUCGCUCGGUGACUCACUGUGAGAAAUUGACUCGCCAGCUGGAACCAAUAACCAACUCUACAAAGUGACACAUUUGGAUACUUGCCGGUGCUCUACAGUAGCCUACGUGCAUGUGUGUGUCUUUACAGAGUGGGGAUACACCGACCGGACUACGGUAACCGGCCGUCCCCGCGCGCCUGCAUAAUAAAUGCCCAUCAGCCGGUCGUGCGAGGCUCUCGAGGCUGGGCGGCAAGAUGAAUUCGUGGGUCCUGCUGCUGGCGGCGCUCGCCACGGGGUGUCUGCGGUUUGGAAGCGCUGAGGGAGAUCCUCUCCCACUAUCGUUAGUAGAGCUGGUGAGAACCAGUCCCAUCUCUUCUAUAGAGGACCUGCAACAGCUGCUGGAGCAAGAGACUGACUCACAGGAGGUGGAGCCAGAUGAACCAUCGGCCAAUGAGAUUCAUUCAAAUGACACCCGUGGAAGAUACAGGAGAAAUCUAGUAGAUGCCCAGCCAGCCCAGCAGGCGGUGUGUAAGGUUAGGACAGAGGUCAUGGAGGUCACCAGAGCCAUGCUUGACCGACGCAAUGCCAACUUCCUGUUGUGGCCGCCGUGUGUGGAGGUGCAGCGCUGCUCUGGCUGCUGUAACACCAGAAUGCUACAGUGCGUCCCCACGGUUACCCAGACACGAUAUCUACAGGUAACAAGGAUCCAAUACAUCGAUAAGAGACCCCACUACGACAAGGCGGUGAUCUCAGUGGAAGACCACGCCUCCUGCCGCUGCCAGACACACCCCUCGGCCACAGCUGCAGCCAGGUCCACCUCCCUCCCCCCUCCUCCCCCCCGACUCACCCCCAAACCCCCCUCCCUCUCCAAGGAAGACCUCCAUCGCCAUGACAAUAUGAAGGCCAAUCAGAGGUUCCAUGUGGAUGACAGGGGGCAGCUGGAGAGACAGUGGCAGAACAAGUACACCCUGUCACACACACAGCCACGGACACACACACAGACACACCCAAUGGCAGGGUCAGGGACGCAGGUAGGGACACACACACAGCCACGGACACACACACAGACACACCCAAUGGCAGGGUCAGGGACGCAGGUAGGGACACACACAGACACACACACACAGAUGGGUCCCUCUCAUGAGCUCCCUAUAGGGCAUGGCAGUGGGUAUGAGGGGGGGAGAGGGGAGGAGAGAGGGUCACAAACACCCCACCGCACCCACACUGACACACAGCCCAACACAGGAGAGAGGCAACACAUUGACAACACAGAGAGGACACAGGAGAUAGUAAGACAGCAACAACUACAACAGUACUACCAACAACAACAAUAUCUACAACAACAGCGACAAUAUCAACAACAACACCAUCAACAACAUCAACAACAACAGUACCAACCAUACAGCCAAGAGCCAGAGCUCAGGACUCAAUACAAACACAACGCUCCCCAAUCCGACAGCAGCGGACCACCUGACACAAAACAACCGGCCAAUCACAAACCAGAACUGGUCCACAGCAACACAGAACCGACCGAUGAUAAUGACUCAAGCACAGAGGUGGCCAAUAGAGACGCUCUAAAGGAUACAGAGUUCACCAGCCUGGGACAGGCAGUGACAGAAGUGACCAAUCACGGAAAGGAGGACGAUAAAGAGCGACACAGCCAGACAGAGCUGUCCAAUCAGGAACAAAAACACUCAGAGUCGACCAAUCAGGGUGACUCUGUCACAGAGGAGGAGAGCAGGAAGAAACUUCUAGAACUCUUACAGAGAGAACUGGGCCAGAAACAACAGCAUCAUCCUCCUCAUCCUCAUCUUCCUCAUCAAGACCAUCAUCAUCCUCACCAUCGUCAGUCUCGAACACAAACUACCACCACACAAAGACCAGUGCCGCCCGCGUUGUCCUCCAGCAGGGCCCCAGGGUGGUCCCCCAGCACCCCUUCCCCUCCCCCCAAGCCCCCCCAGGGCCCGUUCAGACCGGCCCUUCCCCGCGGACGCAGGAGGAGGAAACACCGGAGCCGCAUCAGCAAGGCUGCCCUCCGAACCAUGAUCAUGUAGAGAGAUGGCAACUGGGUCGACUGUUUGCCGGGCCCACCCAGGGUCGUGUUCAUUGGGCACCAAACGGAAGAAAACGGACUGAAACAGGGACAACAUGGAAUAAACCCUAAUUUCUUGUUUUAUAAAACAUUGUGUGUCCUAAUGAAUACGGAGGGAUAAUGCCUGGCUAUGGAACCUCAGGAUGGACACUGGAGACUGGCCAGCACUUCUGGACUCUACUGCUGGCUAUGGAACCUCCGGAUGGACACUGGAGACUGGCCAGCACUUCUGGACUCUACUGCUGGCUAUGGAACCUCCGGAUGGACACUGGAGACUGGCCAGCACUUCUGGACUCUACUGCUGGUUAUGGAACCUCAAGAUGGACACUGGAGACUGGCCAGCACUUCUGGACUCUACUGCUGGCUAUGGAACCUCAAGAUGGACACUGGAGACUGGCCAGCACUUCUGGACUCUACUGCUGGCUAUGGAACCUCAAGAUGGACACUGGAGACUGGCCAGCACUUCUGGACUCUACUGCUGGCUAUGGAACCUCAAGAUGGACACUGGAGACUGGCAGGCACUUCUGGACUCUACUGCUGGCUAUGCUAACAGACAUUACUGCAGGCUGUGUCAAUCUUUGCACCCCAGAAUGUAGCAUGUAGCAUCUUUCUAUAAAAAAUCUGCUAGCUUUAUUUAAACCGCGAUAUCAAGACAAUGGACAAUCUCAGACAGAGACUCCUUAGAAAGGAGGUAGUUCUGGAUGUUUAACACUGGAAGUAGAGUGAUGUAACCUUUGAAAAAGGAGCUAAGCAAACUACAUCUCCCAUCAGCCAUUGGCUUGUAUAAUUCUAGCCCCGCCUACUUUGAACACUGGCUACUGAUUGGACAGUUAAGGAGGGUGUUCGGUGGAUAUUAUUAGAUUGCUUGCUGCAACAGCCAUUGAUUGGUUGAUUUAGAUGCCAUGGAACACGCCCCUCUCUACAGCUUGACUAUGAUUGGUUGCUGAGAAUAGAACUGAAAUCUUAUUGUCCCAAAAUGGUGCUUGAGGCCAUCUAUUUCUAAAAAACAAUGCAAAGCUUGGAUGUGAAUAUUUUCACUGGAAUGUACUGGGUUGACAAUGGAAACUGUUCUCAGAUAAACAAUGUUAUCCUACUGGUGUAACUGGGAUAACUGUCCUGGGAAUAUGACUGGUGUAACUGGGGAUAACUGUCCUGGGAAUAUGACUGGUGUAACUGGGAUAACUGUCCUGGGAAUAUGACUGGUGUAACUGGGAUAACUGUCCUGGGAAUAUGACUGGUGUAACUGGGAUAACUGUCCUGGGAAUAUGACUGGUGUAACUGGGGAUAACUGUCCUGGGAAUAUGACUGGUGUAACUGAGGAUAACUGUCCUGGGAAUAUGACUGGUGUAACUGGGAUAACUGUCCUGGGAAUAUGACUGGUGUAACUGGGGAUAACUGUCCUGGGAAUAUGACUGGUGUAACUGGGAUAACUGUCCUGGGAAUAUGACUGG